AAGAGAAAUUGAACAUUACAAACAUUUUUAACAGAAAACUAAGUGAAACACAUGAGGGUAAAGGAGGGAAUGCACCUCUCUCCAAUGAACUUCCAGUCACACAAAUAAUAUGGGUAAUAUAUACGGAUUUAGGGUCUAAAGGGUGCCUAUAGCCCUGAUUCACUUCGAAACAUGGAGUUUUGCCUUACCACAAAAUCAAUAUCAGCAGCAAUAAAUCCGUUGGCUGCAAAAAGAAAGUCUGGUUACUCAAAAGAUCUGCUAAAAGGAGAGGCGAAUUCGAAAUAUCUUGCUCGGUCUGUGGUGUUAAUGAUGCAGAAGGCACUUCCAAUAAGAUUGUUCACGGUAGGGAAAAACAGAUCCAGUGGGGUGCAAAUGGUGGUUGAUGACUAUAUGGAGAAACUUCGACGAUAUUGCAGUGUUGAGGAUGUUCAAAUUAGAUCAAAUCCGAUGAAAACCAGUGAUGUGAAAGCACAGAUUAAAGGAGAAGAUACCAAAGUUAUGCAGCGCAUCACUCCAAAAGAUUGGGUUGUGCUCUUAGAUGAGAAUGGGAAAGACAUUACUUCGGAGCAGCUAGCUAAAUUGAUAGAGGAGUCAGGGUCAACGGGAUCGUCGUCUGUUGUGUUUUGCAUAGGAGGCCCAUAUGGUCACGGCCAAGAACUGAAGAUGUGUGCUGAUGUCACUAUUAGACUUUCAUCUAUGGUCUUAAACCAUCAGAUUGCUCUUAUUGUCCUGCUUGAGCAAUUAUACAGAGCUUGGACAAUUCUCAAGGGGCAAAAGUACCAUCAUCAAUAAGUCUGUCAUUCAUAAUGGCACCAUUUCAACGCGUUAGUGUUAUAUAUGGUUGUUUGGCAUAAUUUCCCUGGUGUUUUCAAUUUGUUCUUUGCUGUAAUACAAAUAUUUGAUCAUUUGGCACUUCUGGUUCCACUAUGGUGUUGUAAACCAUUUAAUUUCUUGUACAUAUGAGUAUGGCAUGUGCUGCCUCAUCUCUUGACGUUUCUUCUGAACUUGAUUUAUGUUGUACAUAUACUCUUGCUACAUUUCUUUACCUACCAACAAUGUGAGUAAGGUAUGACAAAUAUCAUGGCCCUAAUCCAUGGUUUGAGAAAUAUGAAGGUGUUGGAAUUA